AUGUUGGCAGCACUGGCGGCGGUGUGCCAGUGGGUGGGCGCCGCGGUGCUGGCGUCGCUGCUGGCCUGGGUGGCCAGUGUCGCCCUGGACAAGCUGAGGCCGCUGCGGGUGCUCGACCGCCUGCCGUCACGAGCCGUCCUCAUCACAGGUUGCGACUCUGGCUUCGGGCACGAACUGGCGCGCCGCCUGGACGCGCUGGGUGUGCCUGUGUUCGCCGGCUGCCUGUUCCCUGAGGGUCCCGGUGCGCGCAGACUCGCCGCAGACUGCUCCUCCAGGUUACGCGUGCUGCCGCUAGAUGUCACCUCAGACCAGCAGGUGGCCGACGCCUCCGUCUCCGUACAGGCGGCACUCCAGGACGCAUCAGGCACAGAGUUGUGGGCGGUGGUAAACAACGCAGGAAUUACCGACUUCGGCGAAAUGGACGUCACGCCGCUGGAGAAAUUCAAGCAAGUUCUGGAAGUAAACACGGUGGGCGCCAUAAGGGUCUCCAAGGCGUUCCUGCCGCUCCUCAAGAAGUCCAAGGGCCGCCUCAUCAACGUCACCAGUCCUUUCGGAAGAGUGCCAAUCCCGAUGCAGAGUCCCUACUGCCUGUCCAAAAGCGCACUGAUAAUGUUUACUGACGUGCUGAGAAUGGAAAUGAAGGAAUGGUCCGUCACGGUCUGUUCUGUCCAACCGACUUUGUAUGGAACUGCUAUUUCUGACGUAGAGCGCUUGCAGGCGAAGUACUUUGAAAACAGUGAGAAGACUCUGUCCGAUGACAGAGAAGGCAUUCAACAGGCGGCAAGAAAGAACUGUGAGGUAAUUCUCAGAGCGUCCAAGGCGAUCGCUUUGAAGAACAUCUCAGAGGUGAUUGACGAGAUGGUGUCAGCCUGCGUCGGCCGUAAUACACAGAGAGUACACAUGCCUGGUUUCAUACCGACAAUAAUAAUGACGGUAGCUGCCAACCUACCAGACUGGCUGAGAGAGAUCCUAUCCCAGGCAUGCCUGACGAUAAUAAAAAUAAUAUGGGGAUAAGAAAGUUGUUGACACAACGUCUGAAGGAAGAACGUUCUUAGGUGGAUGAGAAGGGCGUCCAGACAGAGGUGCAAAGAGUCCCGUCAGUACUUGUCGUGUGGACGCGGAAAACACCUGUCAGUAACGUUACUCGAUUAUGUACUUCCUAUUACGUAUGUGAAAUACUAUCA